CGCGCGAGGGAAAGAGAUGAAGAUGAGCGGCGACGUAGAGAUGAAGGAUCGUAGACGUAGGGAUGAGGAGGAUCGUAGACGUAGGGAUGAGGAGGAUCGAAGGCGCAGAGAUGAGGAUGAUCGGAGGCGUAGGGAGGAUGAUGAGCGGAGGCGCAGGGAUGAUAAUAUAGACAGAGACCGCCGGUGUGAUGGGUAUCGAGGAGGAGAUUCUUACAGUCGAGGAGACAGAGCCGACCAGUAUCCGCGCAGUCCCAGGGACCAGUACCCGCGCAGUUCCAGAUACGGUGGGAAUGUCGAAGGGUACCGGAACCCGGGCAACUUUAACUCGAGGGAUAGAAAGGACUCCCGCGGUCAAUGGGAAUCGAAUAGGGACCACCGAGAUGGAUAUCGAAGCGGUUACGAGCGGACAAAGAGAGGUGGUGAUCGUAGAGAAGAGCCAUGGGGACAGUAUGAGAGAGGAGGAUAUCCUGCGUCGCCAGGAUAUCCCAAGUCCCCAAACUAUCCUAGAUCCCCUGGACCAUCCAACCAGGAUGUGAGACGACCGGCAAUUAAGCCUGCGGAGGAACGACCCACUACGCCUAGGAACUCCUGUAUCUAUUGCAGGGGAGACGAUCACCUCAAGAGAGACUGCCCUGACCUCAAACGGGCAAUAGAUGAGGGACUUGUCGUACUUGAUGAUCGCAAGUACGUCAAGUGGGCGGAUAACCUUAGAGAUGUAUCGAUGUUUCCUUCAAUGAAAGAGAACGUGGAAGCUAGGCGAGUGGUGCCGAACAAGGGUAAGGGAGUCGCAAGAACCCAGAGUGUGAGGCUGAGUCUACCUUCUGAGGAGGAGGCCCCCAUGACACCCAUACGGGUGGCGGCUACUAAGUCCUCUAGACCUUCCUCCUUGAAGAAGGCUGACACUGACUACGUGAUGGCGGAGAAGGACGGGAAGAGGAUUGAAGGAGAAGAAGUUAUACUUUCCCCACGGAAACGUGGGGCCACAAAGUUAACGAUGAAGAGCACUCUCGAUGACAUAGACACGAUCGAACCUCUUAGACGCGCUCUCAUGCAGUCUAUGAAGUGCAUGAUCCUAGAGUACUUGGCGGCCUCGAGACCAACACGGGAUGAGUUGCAGAUGAUUACACGCAAAACGCGUAUUCCUCUGAGCGACGAAGUCCAGAUGGCAACCAAACAGGAGGAGAUACCCACAAUAGCGGUAUCUAGUGUGGUCGCUAAGGCAGAUCAUGUUGUAACGGUGUUCUUAGAUGGGAUAGAGGGGGUGCCUCCUGACAAAUUUUAUAUCCUGGGCAGUGGGACAGUACAAACUACCCUCAAUGACGAGAUAAUUCUUCAUGCGGUAAUUGAUAACGACAGCGAGGCUGUUAUUCUAGAUGAGGACCUGGCAAUCCGGUUGGGAUUAGACCUUGAUAAGUCGUUCAAAUUUGAAAUAGAGAUCGCCGAUGGAAGAAAGCAGAAGGUCACCGGGGUUUGCCACAAGGCUGCGAUUGAAGUCGAAGGGUUGAGAGUGAUGAUGCCUGUUUUCGCAGUUCGGGAUUGCAGCGCAGAGUUAUUAUUGGGGCGGACAUGGCUAAGUCACGUCCAUGUCGUUACAAUAGAACGGCCGGAUGGAAGCCAGAUGCUUUCCAUCAAGCGUCCAGACGGUGGGCGGAUUAUGAUGGAGACGGUAGAGCCUCGUGACCCGAGGAACAGAGCGGUUCUCGCUGCAGGGGGCUGUGUACUGGUUCCCCUUGCGAGUUGCUCCCUGAGCUUUCGCGAAAAGAAGUAUGGACCCCUGCUUACAGAAGAAGAAGGUCGGAUAGUGGAAGUCGAGGAUUUAGGCACUCGUGUCCGUGUGGGAGAGAACUCUUAUCUCAAAGCUGAAGAAGAGGAAUUCAGAGUGAUGAUAUCUGUGUCUUUUUUAAGGGCGCAGCCCCCUAUGGGGGGCGACCAAAAAGACAUAAGACAGUUGCUCAGAAGGUUAAGUCGACGCCCGUAGCUCGGGAGCGAUCAGCGUUAGAUGGAGUAUC